AGCAGCUGAUAAAGACAGCUGUGGCUCCCUGUGUACCUAAGCGCAGUGACGUCACGUAUCUUUCAACAAAAGUAUUUAAACUUUAAGAGUUCACGUUUGUCGAUCUCUCUCUCUCCUUAUCAGCUGUUGCAAAGCUAGAAAGAAACAGCAAUGCUGUACCUUGCAGCCAUUUUAGCCGUUGUUGGUCAACUGGUCAGUGCUGACCAGCAGCAACAGCUGUCUCUGUCCUCGGCUUCUGCAGAUUUCUCUCAGAGACUUUAUCAAAAUGUUGCUCUCGACAAGCCAAACGUGAUUUACUCACCUUACAGCAUCCAUUCAGCUUUGUCGAUGACCUCCCUUGGAGCAAGGGGAGAUACUGCUGCUGAGAUGACAACUACACUCGGAACUACGUCACUGGGGGACUCCGUACAUUUGACGUACAAGGAGCUGAUUGAGCAGAUGAAUUCAGUUCACGAGGUGCAGCUCCACACCGGAAACGCCAUCUUUGUUAAUCCCUAUUACCAAAUCGCACCUAAAUUUAUCGAAGACACCAGCAAUGAUUAUUUUGCCAGAACUGCCAACAUUGAUUUAACCGCCAACGGAGGUCCCGAGAAACCAAUCAACGAUUACAUCGCUGCUCAGACAGAGAACAUGAUUAAAGAUGUCCUGCAACCAGGUAGCAUUGACGGCAGCACUGUAAUGAUAUUGGUCAAUACCAUCUUCUUUAACGGAACCUGGGCCAAAACAUUUGAGAAAUUCAAAACAAGACAACAAGAGUUUAAGCAGCUGGCGGGUGCCGUCAAGCAGGUUGACAUGAUGCAUGACGAGAGAAGUAUCAAGAUCAAGAGAGACAACGCCAAUGGCGUGGAUGUGGCUGAGCUCCCCUUUAAAGGAGGUAGAUUCAGUCUGUACAUUGCACUGCCACAGAAAGUAGACGGCAUCACUGACCUAGAGAAGCUGUUGGCACAGCCCAACAAAGUCAACGAUCUGUUCACUGGGCUCAAUUACGUCAGAGUCCAACUGGCCAUCCCCAAGUUUAAGACAGAGACAACACUGUCUCUCAACAAGCCACUCAAAGACAUGGGCAUGGUCAAAGCUUUCAGUCCGAUGGCGGCUGAUUUCACAGGAAUCACCCAAUCAGCCCAAGUUUAUAUCAGCCAGGUUCUACACAAGGCAAUGAUAGAAGUGCAAGAGACUGGCACCGUCGCAGCAGCCGCCACAGUCAUCGGGAUAGUUGCCUUGGCAGUAUUAAGUCCACCUCAGGAGACGUUCAUUGCUGACCAUCCUUUUGUGUACUUCCUGAGAGACAAUGUGUCUGGAGAGAUUCUUUUCCAAGGAAAAUUCUCUGGUUAAAACAGGAUUCUAAAGAGAGUUUGUGUUAGCACACAAACUCAGAGGCGGUCCCCCAAGUAACCGCCCAUGGACAAGGAAUAUCUAAGCUAUAAUAAUGUUUGUUUGUUUAAGUAAUAAAAUGUCAAAGAAUAAA